AUGGCGACAGAAACACCAAGUGCCGGAUCUAGCGAGCAGGAUGCCCAUCAGAAGGAUGUCACACUCUCCGCCGAACAGGGUAGCGCCGAGGAAACACAUCCUGUGAAGCCUGUCUCCCGCUUCACGAGGUGGUACCGCAGCCCUCUGUUCAACGUCAUCAUCGUUGGUCUGAUCUCGUUCACGCAGCCCGGUAUCUGGAAUGCCCUUAACAACACGGGUGCUGGAGGCCAACAGGAACCCUAUCUUGUCAACGGAGCCAACUCCCUGACCUUUGGUAUCAUGGUCUUUGGCUGCUCUAUUUUCUCCAUUGUCGCCAACAAGAUCGGUCUUAAGACGGUGCUUAUCCUCGGCACCUUGGGCUACGCACCCUACUCUGCCGCCCUCUACGUCAACAACCGAUACGGUACCGAGUGGUUCGUCCUCUUUGGCGGCGCCACCUGCGGUAUCGCAGCUUCUGCUCUCUGGGCCUCCGAGGGCGCCAUCGCUCUGGGCUACGCGGAUGUUCACGAUCGAGGAAAGUUCACGGGUAUCUGGCUUGGUCUUCGCGAGCUCGGCCAGCUCAUUGGUUCCUCCAUCCAGCUGUCGAUGAACGUCAAGAGCGGCCAACGCGGCCGCGUCGGCUACACGACCUAUCUCGUCCUCAUCGCCCUGCAGUGCCUCGGCCUGCCGCUGGCCCUCCUCAUCUCACCCCCGCAAAAGGUCAUCCGACCUGACGGCCGCCGCCUGCCGGAUCCCACCAAGAACAAGGCGAUCAUGGGCGAGUUCCGCAAGUGGUGGAAGCUGCUGCGCACGCGCCAGUUCUGCCUCCUCAUCCCCAUCCUCGUCGGCUUCAACUGGAACAACACGUAUCUCGGCAUCUACCUAGUCCGCUACUUCUCCGUGCGCUCCCGCACGCUGGCGUCGCUGUGCUCGGGGAUCGCCGCCACAACGGCCAACAUCUUCUGGGGCUGGUUCUACGAUCUCAAGUACUUCAGCCGCCCGCAGCUCGCCAAGAUUACCUGGUUCUUCUUCGCCAUCACCAUGGUCUCGUUGUUUGGCUGGCAGUUCGCCAUGGAGAAGGAAUACUCGACCUCCGAAACGCCUGUGACGCUUGAUUGGGAUCUGCCCGGGUUUGGCAGGGGGUUCGCGGUGCAGGUCUUGUUCAGAUUCAUGAACGAGUCGCACUACAUGUUCGCCUACUGGAUCCUUGGAACCUUCUUUGACGACAUCGAGACGCUUACGCUCGCCGUAGGUCUUGUGCGGUCGUUUGAAUCUCUCGGCUCGUGUCUCGCUUUCGGCGUCGGCGCCGCAAAGGUGGCGCCCAUGACCAAUCUCAUCAUUGCCUGUGUCAUGUUCAGCCUGUCGCUUCCAACAACAUCAUGCCUUGUAUUCCUCGUGCCUGAAAGGCCCAAGGAGCAUGUUUUGGAUGAUACGGAAGAGUCCUCUGACGAAGGCAAGACUGUGGAUGCGCCUGGGCUGGUCAGGAUGGCGCCGGCCACGGAGGUCGCCGAUGGUCCUCGGAAGUAA